AUGUUCAUGUGGGCCCCGGUGGCCCAGAAGACUAAUGGCCUCCUGGCUUGUAUCAGGAACAGUGUGGCCGGCAGGAUGAGGGAAGGGAUUGUCCCCCUGUACUCGGUGCUGGUGAGGCUGCAACUCCAAUACCUUGUUCAGUUUUGGGCUCCUCACUACACAAAGGACAUUGAGGAGCUGGAGCAUGCCCAAAGGAGGGCAAUGAAGCUGGUGCAGGGGCUGGAGCAGCUAAGGGAGCUGGAGUUAUUCAGUGUGGAGAAGAGGAGGCUCAGGGGAGACCUUAUUGCUCUCUGCAACUACGUGAAAGGAGUUUGCAGUGAAGUGGGGGUAGCGCCAUGGCGGCUGGCGGCGGCGGGCGGCGCUGCUGCCGCUGCAGCCACCGCUGCUUGUGCCUUUGCAGAUGUGAAGGGGCGGCCGCGCGAGGACUUCUGCGUGCUGCAGCACUCCAACAGAAUUUGUGUCAUCACCUUGGCAGAAGCGCAUCCUCUUCUUCAGAAUGGAAAAGCAAUUAAAAGCAUUAAUUACCAAAUCAGUGCCAACUGCAGCAGACUACAAAAUAAGGUCUCUGGGAAGUCAAAAAGGGGAGCUCAGUUUUUAACAGAAUUUGCCCCUCUGUGCAGGAUAUCCUCCUCCGAUGGAGAAGAGUACACCAUUUAUAGCUGUAUACGAGGGCGACUGAUAGAAGUGAAUGAAAACAUUCUUAAUAACCCAGCUCUUCUGCAAGAGAAGCCAUCAACUGAAGGAUACAUAGCAGUGGUUCUACCCAAAUUUGAAGAAAGCAAGAGUAUAACUCAAGGACUUCUGACACAGAAGGAGUACGAAGAAGUUUUGUUGAAACGUCUUAAUUCUUCAUGAAUUUCAGUAUGUGGGUAUCAUCUGUAUUUGAUAGCAAAUAAACUGCUUGUACU